GAUGCGGCUGCCACCCCUCGGGCGCGCUGCACGCCGCGUGCGACAUCGUGACGGGCCGGUGCGAGUGCAGGCCCCACGUGGUGGGGCGCGCGUGCGACGCCUGCAAGCAUGGCUUCUGGGGCCUGGACUCGGGGCUGGGCUGCCAGGCGUGCGCCUGCGACCCGCUCGGCGCGCACAACUCGUCGUGCGACCCGGUCUCCGGGCAGUGCGCGUGCCUGCCCGGCAUCGGCGGCAGGACCUGUGACUCGUGCCUGCCCGGCUACGUGGGCUUCUCGCCGAACGGCUGCAGAGAGUGCGACCCGUGCGACAAGCCCGGCCACGUCUGCGACCCGGACACGGGGCACUGCGUGUGCCCGCCGCUCACGUUCGGCGACGAGUGUGAGGUGUGCGAGAUGAACUCCUGGGGCUUCCGCUCCGUCAAGGGCUGCAAGCCGUGCGCCUGCGACCCGGCCGGCUCGUACGCGUCCCAGUGCGACGCGGGCACGGGCCAGUGCUCGUGCAGGAGGGGCUUCGCUGGGCCGCGCUGCGACACCUGCGCGCACGGCUACUACGGCUACCCCAGCUGCCGCAGCUGCCGCUGCGACGCCCGCGGCGCGGACCGGGCGACCUGCGACGCGGCGGGGGUGUGCGGCUGCAGCCCCACCGGCCAGUGCAGCUGCAAGCCGAACGCGGCCGGGCCGCGCUGCGACGCCUGCCGCCCGGGCACCUUCAGCCUGCGCGCCGACGACCCGGACGGCUGCCAGGCGUGCUUCUGCUUCGGCCGCUCGUCGCAGUGCUCCGAGGAGGGGCUCACGUGGGGGCGGCUGACCCAGUUCCGGCCCCGCGUCCUGGACGUGCACUACGAGUCCACCAACCCCCAGUUCCGCCCGGGCGCGCAGCUGUUCCCCGUCAACACCAAGGAGAUCUGCUACAUCAACCUCGCCCUGCCCGGCGUGCCCGGCGCCUCCGCCAAGACCUCCAACUCUACCCCGGACCGCCUGGACGUCAUCAACAACCUGCGCAUCAUUCCGGGGGACGCCGGCGACGUGGAGAUGGGCGUCAACUACCUGUUCGACACGCCCGUCUACUGGCAGCUGCCGAGACAGUUCCUCGGCGACAGGGUGCUGUCAUUCGGCGGCUUCCUGCGCUUCAGCGUGGAGGCGGAGGGCGGCAGCACGCUGUUCCCGCCCGAGGUCCUGGACUCCUACCCGCUCGUCCAGCUGCAGGGCAACAACCGCUUCGUGCUGGAGCACUUCCCGGGCAAGCCCAGCCGGGACGGCCACUACGAGAUCCGACUGCACCACUCGCUGUGGCGCGCCAAGAACAACGCCACCAGCAAGGUGAGCCGGGAGAUGCUCAUGCUGGCGCUCCAGAAUGUGCAGCACGUCCUCAUUCGCGCCACGGACUCGAUCGACUUCACGAAGGCAGUGCUGCGAGGCAUCUCGCUGGACACGGCGCAGGCGCUGGAGGGCGGCCGCGCGCCCCCUGCGCGCGGCGUGGAGCUGUGCGAGUGCCCGCGGCAGUACAGCUCCUCCUCCUGCCAGGACCCCAGCAUCGGCUUCUUCCGGUGGCACGACCGCUCCGCCGUGCACUCGACAAUCGUCAUCCAGAUGGUGGGCGAGGCGCGGCCGUGCCAGUGCAACGGCCGGUCGAGCGUCUGCGACGUGGAGACGGGCCACUGCAGGAACUGCUCGGCCAACACGGGAGGCGCGGCGUGCGAGCGCUGCGCCGAGGGACACUACGGCGACCCCGACGGGCCGGCGGGCUGCCGCGCCUGUCCGUGCCCCACCGAGCACCGCAACUUCGCCAACAAGUGCGAGGUGGUGGAUGGCGUGGCGGCCGUGUGCUACUGCCGCGAGGGCUACACGGGGCCUCGGUGCGACCGCUGCGCGCCGGGGUGGUUCGGCCAGCCCGGUGGUGUGUGCCAACCCUGCCUCUGCGACCCCCUCGGCAGCGUGGGCGACUAUUGCGACGCCCGCGGCCAGUGCGAGUGCCUUCCGGGUGUCUCCGGCCUGAGGUGCAGCGUAUGCCCGCUGCGCCAGGUGCUUACGGCGAGGGGCUCCUGCACCACGUGCGAGGACGCCUGCACCGGCGAGCUGCUGCGCGGCCUCGAGGACCUCGCGUUCGACCUGGAGGUCGGCGCCAAGAAGGCUGCCGACGGCAUCCUGGAGGCGCCGUGGUCCGUCCUCGAGGGCAUUCACGGGCAGGCCAAGCAGGCGAGGGAGCGGGUCCGCACGUGGGACGAGCUCGCGGCGAGGGCCAACCAGAUCCCCGGCACGAUAGUCACCACCCUGCGCAAGCCCGCCAACCAGGCCGUCAAGGAGGCCAAGAAGGUGGAGCACGCGAGUGCCGAGAUGGGGCUCAACUCGCUGCGCCUUCACCAGGGCGUGGAGAACGUCUUCGACGACAUCGAGCGCGCCAGGAAGCAGAUACAGGACACGGUGGCCAGCCUGAGGGUGUACGCGGCCGGCCCCGCGCCCCAAGUCUCAUCCGGCAGCGCCCUGGCCGACGCGCAGUACAUCCUCGACUCGAUCGUGGCGGCCAUGACGUACCUCGAGCCGCGCGCCACGCACACGUACAACAACUUCAAGAAGUGCGACGAGAUUCACGACGACCUGGUGAAGCUGCUGGACUUUGACGACGUUCGCCGCCUGGACGACUUGCGUCGGCGGGUGUACCGGCUGCAGGAGGGCCUCCGCGACCUGAACGACACGCUCGUCAACAGCAGCGGCAACGCCAGCCACGUUGACCACCGCUUCACGAACAAGAACAGGCGCAAGCUCAAGGAGCUGGUGACGCGUGUGGCGUGGCUGUCCAGCGAGGAGUCCUCCCUCGUGGCCAUGAUCACGGCCAACGCGGACACGCUGAACGCGGCGGACGCGGCGCUUAGCGCGGCGCAGACCAACCUGUCCGGGGUGCGGCGCCAGCAGGCGCGGCUGUCCAACCUGACGGCCGUCCUGGCACAGCGCGUGCGCGCCGAGAGCCGGCCCGACCUGGCGCACUACUUCAUCAUCGCCCGCGACCGCGCCAACAUGCUGCGCCAUACGGCCGACAUGUACGAGAGGCUGUUCUCCGGCACCAAGCACGACGCCGAGCACGCCCUGCAGGCCAGCGCCGCCUACCGCAACAUUGCCGAGUCGAUCCGGGACGCGCUGCACGGCGCGCUCAACGCCAGCCUGGCCGCCGAGUCGGCGCACCGCCAGGCCUACCCUAAGCACCUGGACUCUCUGCUGGACCAGAGCAGCCUCGUGCUGCAGGACUCGCACCGUCUGCAGGGAACAGCGCACGAGCAGGCCCGGCGGGUGAGCCGGCUACGGCAGCACCUCGCCGAGCACGAGGGCGUCGUGGACAGGCUCCGGGAGACCAUCAUUUUGGCCGGGAGGCGAAACAACGACAAUCACCGGCCGCUGCAGCAGCUGCAGCAGCUGGAGGGCCAGCUGGGCGCGGAGCGCGGGGUGGCGCAGCGCGUCCUGGACGACAUGCUGGACGAGCAGCGCGCCGCCCUGCACAUGAGACAGCACGCCAGCGAGGUGCUCGUCAACGUCUCCACCGCCCUCAGACCCCUGCUGGGCCGAGUGGCCUCGGACGGCGAGCAGGACGGCCAGGGAGUAGGCCUCGGCCUCGGCGCCACGGAGCGACAAGUCAAGGAGCUGCGAGAGGUUAUAGUGCGCGUCAACGACACGCUCCAGACGGCGGAGGAGGAAUCGGUGGAACAGCAAAGAGAGUUCCAGCGCUGGAACGACUCCGUCGCAGACAAGCUCCAGGCCCUCCGGGACAAAAUCACCCGUGCAAGGCACGCUGCGGAAGGCAUCAGACUGUCCCUGAAGACACCCAAGCAAGCUGCGGAGGGCUGCUCCCGCUCUUACGCGCUGCCCCAGAUCGGGCCGAGCACCACCAACACCCUCACCCUGUUCUACGCUGUGACGGGCAAGGCGCGCUCUGCCCCCAUCUUCUACCUGCCCGGCACUACAACGGACGACUUCAUCGCCCUGGACAUGGUGGAGCGGCGGGUGCGUCUGUCCUGGGACGUGGGCGGCGGCCCGGGAGCCGUGACGUCGCCGUUGCAGCUGCGCGCGCCCCGAGAGUUGCCGCCCGGCGUGGGCCAGACGGAGAGCCGCGACGAGGAGGUCUGGUACCGCGUGGUGGCCGAGCGGACGGGCAACAUCGGUCACCUCUCUGUGUCCGAGGACGCGCGGCCGGACGGAGCCGCGCCUCCCAAGGUCGUGUUCAACGCCACGGCGGCGGGCUUCGGCCGGCUGGACCCUGGCGGCGUGGCCUGGGUGGGCGGGGCCGGCAGUGACGGCGGCCGCGCGGGCCUCGGAGGCUGCGUGCACUCGCUCGAGCUUGACGGCCGGCCCAUCGGGCUGUGGAACUUCAGGACCUCGUCCGGGAGCUGCGGGGCCUGCAAGCAAGGGGUCGGCCAGGAGCACGACGAUCAGAGCUACAACUUCCGCGGCGACGGCUACUCCGAACUGCGCCACACGAGUGCCAGCCCCUACAACAAGUACUUCUUCAGCGUGUCGCUCAACUUCCGGUCGUUCGAUGAGAACGCGCUGCUGUUCCUGGCCGUGGCCGAAGACCAGCGGGGCUACGUGUCUAUGGCGCUGCAUCAGGGCAGGGUCCGUUUCCGAAUCGGCUACGGUGGCCAAGGCGGCAGCUUCCUUGAGAUCACCACCGCGGCCAAGUACAACACGGGCAAUUGGACGCACGUCGAGGCCAGCAGAUACUUCGACCGCAACCGCAAGCUGGAGAAAGGUCUGCUGAAAGUGGACAGCGAGGCUCGCAACGGGUCACCGUCGAUGCCCGUCAAGGCCGACUCCCUCCCCGACAUGUCCAGUGCCGUGUACUACAUCGGAGGCGUGCCCCCGGGAUUCACGGCCGUGGGACCCUUCGACAAGCCCGUGUCUUUCUUGGGGUGCAUGUCCAUGAUCCAGGUGGCCCAGGAGGGCUACAACCCGAUGCGAGGCCAGUUCUAUGGCGUGGAGGCCUCUUGUGUGGACAAGCCACUCCGGUCAGCAAGCUUCGGGGGUGACGGCUUCUUGGAACUGCCCUCCCACUCGCUGAGGAAGAAGUCUUCUUUCGGGUUUGCGUUCGCCACCCUGCAACCCGACACUAUGCUCAUGCUCUCCACCUUCCAGCGUCCUGGUAGUGUGACCAGCGCUGAGGUCGCGGAGGAGAACACAAACUUCAUCGAGCUGGAGGACAACAACAGCUACUACUCGUGCGCCCUGUGGAACGGCCGCCUCGAGGUGCGCGUGGACGCCGGGCGCGGCACCGUAGUGCUGCCGUCCAGCCUCAGCCCGCCCGGACCCCAAGAUGCUGCCGCCGGGCCACCCGAGGCGCUCAACGACGGCCGCCUGCAUUCCGUGUCGGUGACCAAGAUUGGCAGGCGGCUCGAGCUUCGCGUCGACGACGUCCUGCAGUCCUCGGCGACGCUGCCGGAGGGCGCCGCUGCCGUCAAAGCUCCCGGUGACAUCGGAGGCUUGUUUUUCGGCGGAGUGCCGCCCUCGUUAAACGUUUCGGACCUGCUGGCCACAACCAUGCCCCUCAUCGGCACCAUCAAAGACGCCAUCUUCAAUGACGAGCUGCUCUCCAUGGACCACCCAGUGUCGUUCGACCGUGCUGCUAUCGGCCGCCUGGGUCCUGUCGGGCCUGUGUCUGACGCCACCCUGGCUGUUGGCACGUCCCCCAUGGUGCCUGCCCCUCCGUCCUCUCCUCCGAGCUCGUCUUGGUCGCCUCCAGCACCGCACGAGCCCGAGCAGGGCGGCGGCUGUCGGAGGCUUUCCACCUACUCGUUCGAGCAGGAUGCUGCAAAGUUCGGGGACCGACCUAACUCGCACGUCCUCGUGACCUUCCGCCGCAGAAACUUGCUGCAACGGGACUUCGUUGUCGACCUGCAGUUCAGGACGUUCUACCCCUCUGGGAUGCUGUACCUCGUUCCCGGGGGUGGCAACGGUGGUGGCAAGCAACGCCAGUACCUCGCCGCUUACCUCCUGGACGGCAUCCUGCAGGUGGUGUACAAGGGCCGCAACAAGCUCGAGGUAUCCCUCCCGAACACUUACAAUGACGGCAGUUGGCACACGGUGAGGCUGAAAAAAGAUGGACGGAUUUUGACUCUGUCCGUGGACAGUGAUCCACCAGAGAGAAGGAAAGGCCCAAAGAAGAUGAAUAUAGGACACAAUAUUUACAUUGGUGGUCUACCUGACAACAAUCUAUUGGUGCCUGAUAAUUUU